AUGCAAUCGGAAACUAUCUUCUACAAUAUGAACUCUGACGCUGGGACCAAGACCAAACUAGAGGGAAGCAGCUCUCAAGGUAUGGAUGAAUCGUCGCAGGCUCUGCGAAUUGGUUCCGUCGAAAGUGGCGGCGUAGAAUACGUGUCGAGCGAUGCGAAUGCCAUUGACGAUGCUAUCCUACGUGCCCAGGGCCACAAGGCUGCAAUGCCUCGUCUCUUCUCUGCUAUGUCCUCUCUGGGAUUGAUGUUCUGCGUUAUGAAUUCCUGGAUAGGGGCAAUGAGUACGUUUGGACAAAGCCUGCGCUAUGGUGGGCCACAAUGUGCCAUUUUUGCGCUUGUGACGGCCGUCUUUGUCCAAUGGAUAGUUACACUGGGUUUGGCAGAGCUCGCCUCUGCUUUCCCUAGCUCGGGUGGCCAGUAUCAUUUUACAUAUAUCCUUGCGCCCGAGAAAUUCAAGCGGUUCAGCGCUUUCGUUGUCGGGUGGAUGUCCGUUCUUGCUUGGUGGCUCGCGACGACCUCUGGGCUUUCCCUGGUGGCAAUCGCGGGCACUGGCCUGGCCGCUUUUGUGAAUCCAAGCUACACACCUAAGGACUGGCAUAUCUACCUUUGCUAUCUUGCGAUGGCCGUGAUCUCUGUCGUUCCACUUUUCCUAUUUCCGAAGUCGCUUCCAAAAAUCGCGUCUGGCUCGAUGUAUCUGAGUCUGAGUGGUUGCUUGGCCUGGUUCAUCAUCUUUCUGGCGAUGAGACAGCAUACAAACGAUGGUUCAUUUAUUCUGAAAUCAGACCUGGGUACUAGCGGUUGGGGUCAAGGAACGGCAUGGGCCUUAGGAAUCACAAACGCCAUGUACUGUUUUCAAGGAUCAGAUUCAGCUAUCCAUAUCGCGGAAGAAAUGCAGGCUCCGGGACGUAGGUUGCCUGUGGUCAUGAAUCUUACCAUGAUUAUUGGCUUACUAACCAGCGUCCCUGUCGUGGUGGCUGGCAUGUUCACAAUGACCGACAUGACGGAAGUUAUGAAUUCUGGCUUCCCUGCUGUUGAUCUUAUGUACCAGGCUACUGGAAAUCGUCCCUUGACGAUAUUCUUGGCCGCCUGGCUGAUUAUUGUAUAUGCCUCCGCUAUGCCACCCCAGUUUGUUGCCUGCGGUCGUAUCGCUUGGGCAUUUGCACGAGACGGAGGAACCCCGUUCCCAGACUACUUUGCACAUGUUGAUACGAAGUUGGAAUUUCCGGCACGAGCUACGGUGGCAGCACUGGCGUUUAACGCCUUAUACGGACUGCUCUACCUUGCUAGUACAACUGCAUUCAAUUCUAUCAUUACGUCCGCAGUUCUUUUUCUCAACAUCACACUUGCGGCACCACAGACCAUCCUUGUCCUACGCGGCCGUAACAAAGCCCUUCCAGAGCGGCCGUUCAAACUCGGGUAUCUCGGAUUGUUCUGCAAUAUAUUCUCAACCCUUUGGAUCCCGGUUCUGAUAGUUCUGGUGUGUAUGCCUCCAGGUCUACCAGUCACAGUUGGAUCCAUGAACUACACGUCGCCAGUCUUGAUUGCCGUUACCCUCCUGAUAAUUGUGGGUUGGUUUGUCUUUGGGCACCAAUUUAAAGGACCAAAGAUUGAUUGGGAAAUGCUGAAUACGGGGAACACAAUGGAGCGUAAGGUGGAAAAGCACUGA